AUGUUUCGUGUGCCAACACUAAUCAAUCUUCCAAAAUCUAUCUGGAAAGAGAAUGGCCAAACCAUGGAGCAACGUGAUAGUGACAUUGAUGAGACCACUUCUUUGUUGCCUUCAAAAUCAGAAAAAUUUGACUCUUACUACACAAGGUCUCAAAGCCGUGAUUCUGUAUCAUCUUCUUCUCUUCCUUCUCCAGUGACAAAUGACAUUUCCUUUUAUUACCCGAAUACAUAUCAGUUGGAUCUGAAAAAAGAUAUCAAGUACUUUUGGAGCCAUACUCGUGUUGUACGUCAAGAGUUAACUGGCAUCAUUCGAUUCUGUAUUCCAUUAAUUAUCACAUUUCUCUUGGGUGUAGGAAACAGAGUAGUUGAUGUCUGGUUUUUAGGUAAAAUAGGGGCCGAAGCAAUGGCUGUUGCUAGUCUUGGCAACCUUUUUACUAUGGUGACUGGAUUGUCCAUAGGAUAUGGCGUUUUGACAGAAGCUAUUGACACACUUGUGGCUCAAGCAUUCACAGGGGCCAGCAACCCACAUACUGUCGGUGCUAUCCUCCAACGAGGAUUAGUCAUCAUGUAUUUGUUCGGUCUAGGCAUAUCCAUCUUGUGGGCUUUUUCAGAUAAAAUACUUCUGGCAAUGGGUCAAUCUCCCGAAUUGGCCGAGAUGGCACACAAAUACAUUGUAAUAGUUAUACCCAACAUCUUUUUAAGUUUUACUACUGUGGCCAUCAGAAAAUUUCUGCAAGGACUCGGAGAAAUGAAAGUGACAAUGUACCUUGUUUUUGUCUUGUUUCCAGUCAAUAUUGCUUCCAAUUAUUUCUUUCUUAUCUAUUUAAAUUUAGGGUAUAUUGGUGCUGCUUAUCACCAUAUAUUCUUUAGUGUAUUUUUGCUCUUUGUCUAUAUCCUGUUUAUUUCCAGCAUUACUUCUGAUAUCAAAAAGUUUUGGCCUGGAUUAAGCAUGCAAGCGUUUCAGUAUUGGGGAGAAUUUUUGAAACUAGGUAUUCCGGGGAUGCUGAGUGUCUCUACUGAUUGGGCAUUUGAAGUGUGUGCUAUCAUUACUGGUCUGCUUGGCCAAACCAGUUUAGCUGCUCAAUCUGUGCUAAUCUCUUGCAAUACUUUGCUGUUGAUGAUACCAACUGCACUUACAACAGCUUUGAGUGUAAGAUUAGGACAUCAUUUAGGUGCAAAUAAGCCAGUGAGAACAAAGCUUUGUGUUAUCUUGGCCUGUGCUAUAGGAUCUAUACUUGUCACUAUGAAUGCAACUCUGUUGUAUGUAUAUCGAUCAGCUAUUGCACAUACUUUUAGUACAGAUACACAAGUCAUUGCAGCCAUAGAAGAGUUGAUGGGCAUUGGAAGUCUUUGCCAUUUGAUGAUGGGCAUUAGUACUGUAUUAUCAGGCACACUUAAUGCUUUUGGCAAGCAACACAUUGUCGCUGCCUUUAAUAUUAUCACUUACUAUAUCAUUGGACUUCCAUUUGGUGUCUAUAUGACAUCGAAGCACGAAUUAGGUCUCAUUGGUAUUUGGUCUGGAGUUGCACUAUCUGGUCUACUAAAAUGCUUAUGUGAAGGAUUCUUUAUCGUCUUUUACAUCAACUUUGAUACUGAAUGCGCAAAUGCAGCCAAACGAAUCAAUAAACAAGAGAUCUGA